AUCAAAACCACUGCUAUUAGUUGACCAUGACAGUUGAAAGUGCUCCCGUUGCUACUACAGACAAGAAACGACCCCAAAAGCCCAAUCAGGACAGGCACAAUGCAGAAAUACAAGAGAUUCGCAAUGAAAUUGCCGAGCUUCAACAAAAGAUGAAGGAGAUUCAGGACAAGAUUCCCGAACAAAAUACCGGCGAUGCUGUAUCCACUCGCAAAAAUGAGCUUCGCGAAAAGCUCAGCGUUCAUCUACAAGAAAUCAAGGAACUGGCUGGAAAGCGAACCAAGCUUGUUGAUCAAUUGACUGCACUCCAGUCUGCACUCAAAAAAAAGUUUGAAUCUGAGCGAACGGAAAAGGCCAAGAUCGGUCACAGGACUGUUGAGAGCGUUGACAGUAGAAUCGACGAGAUUGAAAAACAAAUCCAGUUUGGCCAAGUCAAGUUGAUUGAUGAGAAGCGCAUGGUAUCCGAAAUCUCCAAUUUGAAAAAGGUCCGCAAGGUACUUGAAGGUUACUCCCAACAGCAAACUACCAACGAUAAUGACAAGGCUGCCAUUGAAACUCUGCGUGCAGAACUCAAGACCCUUGACGGUCAGCGCGCUAGUCUUCGUGAAUUGGCUGAUACUACUCGAGCCGAACUCAACAAGGUGGCCGAAUCAUUGAGCACAUCGCGUGAAUCACUUUCUGGAUUGCUUGAGCAAAAGAGAGCCAUAAAGUCUCAGGUGGAUGCUGCCUUUGAAAAGAUGCGUACUUUACGCUCUAACCACAAGAUCGCCAGGGACGAAUUCUACAACUGGGAGCAGGAAGAGCGUCAAAAGCGUCAGGAACAGUUUAAGCAAAAACAGAGCGAGGAACGUGAGGCUCGCAUUGUUGCACAGGCUGAGCGUGAAUUGGAAGAUGCAGACAUUCCUGCGUUUACUGAAGAGAUUAACCUUUGCAGCGCGCUGAUUCAUUUUCUUAGUGCCCAGGUUGGCUCAUCUGAAUCCAAAACCGGAUCUGCUGCCAGCACUCCUGUUUCUCGUCCGACCACAACCAGCACUCGUGCUGUGGAUGAAUCGCUUCCAUCUGGAGCAACAGUCAUGGUACGCAAGGGUGAUAAUGAUGAUGAUUUUAUGGUUCUUGGAAAGAAAGGGAAAAAGGGUAACAAGGGUGGUAAAUCUGGAUCUGGCACUUCCACAGAUGGUGCAAAAGCUCGUCCAGUUAGACUGGAUAUUUUGACGGUGAACCAGCUGAUUGCACUUAAAAUCGAUAUCCCCGUUUCGUCCGACAACGUACCAGCCACUCUUGCGUCGCUGAAUGAAAAGAAACAAGCCUUUUUAUCUGAACAGGCUGCUCAAACUGCUGCUAAUAAGCAGGCUGCACAGGCACGAAUUGCUCAACUUCGCGAAGCUGCAAAGGCAGAGGAAAUGAAUGCAUAAGUAUGCAGUUUUCCGCUGCAUACUUUUUGGAUCAUUGACAAUGGUGAUAUACAUGUCUUGCAAUACAUUGCUCAAAUAGUUUCUCAAUUGAUUGCUGCGAUUUUUAAACUGUGUUUCGGCUGGGCUGAGGAUGAAUUUGGAUGAAAUAAAGCGAAUCGGAUUGAAGCC